UUCAUAAGAUACUACCACAAGGCAAGGAAGAUCAGACCGAAGUCAAGGAAUAUCAUCGGAGGUUGGAAAUCAUCAGGAUUAUGGCCAGUCUCGAUGGCAAAGUCCCUGAUGAACCCCAUGGCGAGUAAGCUAGAAGAACGGCCGGUCACGCCGCCCGAGGCGCUGACGCCGUCGUCAGAGGCAACAGAAAGUCUUUUCUGUACACCCCGGUCAUCGCAAUAG